AUGUUCAAGAUAUUGGCAGUAUAUAUUAACAAAGCUCGUUCUCUAUCCAUUCUUCCAUCUCACAGAACCCGCAGUCUUCUUCAGAAGGCAAAGGCUCUAGGAAAUGGCGAUAAUGACGAACUUCGGGAGUUACUCGAUGCAUAUCCCGAUGACCUGCACGAGCUACAGGAGCUGAUGCACGAGCUCCAAGCCAAUCUGGACAGCACACUGCAUGUGAAUGAGAACUCGGUGAGGGAAUACGAGGAACGCGAGGCGGAAAUUGAGGCGUUGGAAGUACAACUAACAUCACUCACCGAGCAGCGCGGCAAGUUCCGGGAGCACAAGGAGGAGAAGGAGGGUGCUUGGUUGACCCCGUUGAAUGAGAUCAUCCAGACAAUCAACACCAAGUUCUCGGGCUUCUUCGAACAGCUCGGAUGUGCAGGCGAGGUAGUCUUAGACGAUAGUCCCGAUGACUACAGUAACUACGGCGUGGAGAUCAGAGUCAAAUUCCGCGAGAAAGAUACGUUGCACAAGCUAACAGCCCACCACCAGUCCGGUGGAGAGCGUAGUGUGUCUACGAUUCUGUAUCUCAUGUCAUUCCAGCAGAUGGCCAACGCACCCUUUCGUAUUGUUGAUGAGGUAUGGGCGGGUAAAUGUGUAUACAUACUUGCGUAUUAA